AUGACUAUCAAAUCGUUUGAAUUAUCUGAUGCGCUAAAUUAUAGCCUAGAAGGCGCUGUGUUAGCCGAUCCGUCAUUGUGUUUGAUUUCAAAGGAUAAAGUGCUUUUUAGGCAGACUGAUAAGGGUAAAAUAGGGAUUAUUUCAGGAGGAGGUAGUGGCCAUGAGCCGACACAUACCGGUUAUAUCGGUACUGGUAUGUUAGCUGCCGUAGUAGUAGGGGAAAUUUUUGCAUCUCCAUCUACUAAGCAGAUUUUGAGUGCUAUUAAGGUGCUUCAUGCCAAUACUUCAGGGUUAUUACUCAUAGUGAAGAACUAUACUGGUGAUGUUCUUCACUUUGGUCUUGCGGCAGAGCGUGCAAGGGACCUAGGUAUUGAUUGCCAAAUGGUUGUUGUUGGAGAUGAUGUUUCUGUUGGUAGGAGCAAAGGUGGCGGAGUUGGUCGUAGAGCACUUGCGGGGACAGUGUUGGUUCAUAAGAUUACUGGGGCGUUUGCUGAGAACUUCCCACAGUAUGGGGUUAAGGGUGCAGCCACAAUAGCCAAAAUUGUUAAUGAUAAUCUUGUGACGAUUGGUACUUCAUUAAAUCAUUGCAAGGUUCCAGGGAGAGAUUUUGAAACCACCCUGAAGAGAAACCAGGUAGAGUUAGGCAUGGGCAUCCAUAAUGAGCCUGGUGUUGAAGUUCUGGAGCCUAUCCCGGGGACCGCAGAAAUUAUUGAGAGGUAUAUGUUGCCUAAGUUAUUAGAUCCAGAAGACAAAGACAGGUAUUUUGUGGAGUUUGACCCCUCAGAUGAAGUUGUGCUGUUGGUGAAUAACUUAGGAGGCAUAUCCAACUUUAUGAUCUCCGCCAUAGCCGCAAAAACUCACGAGUUACUUUCUAGGUACUUCAACAUUGAGCCCGUAAGAACGAUACACGGGACUUUCACGACCGCAUUUAACGGAAACGGUUUUAGCAUAACGUUGCUAAAUGCUUCGAGAUGUUCUAGGCAAAUAAUGGCGGAAUUUACUGAAGUUGAAUCGGUGGUGAGCUUGUUAGACGCUUUUACAGAUGCGAUCGGCUGGCAGGGAGUCUCUCAAAAGCGCAGGCAGCCACCGAAGAUAGUCAAAGACAUACUCACGAUGAAAGAAAAUGCUCCAAGGGCGGGGAAGUUUGAUUUUGAGAUCUUUUCCAAAUUUGUGAAAGCUGGCGCCAAGCAGGUUGUUGAAAGUGAACCUGAAAUAACGCACUAUGAUAACUUAGUUGGUGAUGGGGACUGCGGCCAUACGCUAGUUGCUGGUGUGUCUUCUCUCGUAAAAGGUUUGGACACUGUAACGCAAGAAUCGUUAUCCCAAGCUUUGGCUCAGCUAUCUACCCACGUUGAAGACGCAAUGGGUGGUACUUCAGGUGGUUUAUACUCGAUUCUAUUGUCAGGCUUUUCCAAAGGGUUAAUAAAGGCCUGUAAAGAUGAAAAUGAAGAAGUUAGUCCAGAGAUCAUUGCCGAGGCUUUAGAGACUGCAUUGGAGAUCCUAUACCGCUACUCAGGUGCCAGACCAGGUGAUUGCACCAUGAUAGACGCAUUAGAACCUUUUGUAAAAACAUUUUCUAAAACAAAAGAUUUCGACAAAGCGUUUAAGGCUGCUGAUGAAGGCGCUAAAGCUACUGCCAGAUUGGAAGCCAAAUAUGGAAGAGCAUCGUAUGUUGGUCAUACGAAGAAUAUUCCAGACCCUGGCGCCGUCGGUCUAGUUGAAUUUUUGAGAGGUGUUAAAGAAGGACUGAAGAACUAUUUAGUACAAAAAUCCAUAACGAAACUAUCUUUAUCAGGAUGA